UGUCAUGUCAGGAGAUGAGCUUCGCCAGCUGACCGGCAGGGAUCAUGAUGUCAUGGCGUUUUGGCAUGGAUUGAUUGACUCAUUUACUCCGUACUGGCGCUGGUUUACAGUUGACAUGCUGGCUGAGUCUGACUCUGGUUUACACUAGACAUGUCCUGCCAUGGCGGCAAGGCGGAAUCAGGCAACCACCACCAGUCAGGCAGAGCUGAGGACUCAAGUUUGUAUCAUAUUUCUAGUUCCGACAUGGACCUUCCCCCGCGACAUAGAAACUGCUAACCCGACCCACCCGGCACGGUCGGCAGGCCCUGCAAAAGACCUUCAAGCACAGGGAGCACUGCAGAACAAAGUCGUCGUUGAUUCUCUGAUGGCACACUCCGCAUCCAAACUCGGACACCAGCGGUUCGCCAUUCGCAGAGACGGCUGUGGUGGAUCCGCCCCCCAGAUAGUGAACGUUUGCCCAAUGCUCGCAGUAUCCAGGAUUUGCGCGGCAGCGGUGCUGCAGUUCGCGAAAGAGGAUAAGGAAAGUCCUAAACGACCAGGCGUUCAUGGUAUUGAUGUAAACCGCAUUGGCUGUCGAUCGCUCAUUCCAUUGUUGAGUUACGGCGCAGCCACACCCGGGCGGCAGGCCACAGCUUAUCUUCCGUCCGGAGGGCCAAACGAACAAGAUCGGGCCCGAAAUCGCCAUAUUUUGAAACGAGGUCACCCUGGCGCACCGGUAGCAUCGCCGGACACACGCGUUGUCGAACCCGUAAAAAGAAGAACAUGGGCCGAGAUGCUCGGGCCCCUUGCAAAUUGUACAGGUGCCCAUGCCGCACCAGGAGCAAUUCAUCACGAUUUUCUCCGCCAGGGCCUCGAGGUGGGCUGGAAGGAAACCAAGGCCGCAAUCUGGGACACAGCAGUAGAGCGAUGGGCCGUUGAGAUAUUCGACGUCUUCUCUGAGCUGCACCAGCAGCUCGGGUCGCGAGAACCUUUGAUAUUCGGCCCAAGAGAGGUAACGGCGUCUGCCGCAACAGGCCUCGAUGGCAUUGAAUGAUACCCGACGGGAUGGCGACGAGACCCCUGCAUCUUUCGCACUCCCAGAAGCUGGGACGAUUUUCGUCCAUGGCACUUCGGUUAUCAGCUGUAGGUAUUCUUGUAUUCUUC